UUCUCGCCGCUGCCGCGGCUUCGCGGUCUCCUGCAGCGCUGCUGGGGCCGGCUGGAGCGCGGUCUCUUGCCGGGUUUCUCCGGGGGCCAGAGCCCGCCCUGGGGACCAGCACUAGCUGUCCAAGCUCCAGUUUUUCUUCCACAAUCAGUGAACGAUACUGGUGAAAGUAAUGAGGCUCCAAGCCUGUUAGAUAGCAUCUUGUGGAUGGCGGCACCAAAGAAAAGGCGCACCAUUGAAGUCAACCGCUGCAGGCGAAGAAAUCCCCAAAAGCUUAUAAAAGUAAAGACAAACAUAGACGUUUGUCCUGAGUGUGGAAACGUGAAACAGAAACACGUCCUUUGUGGCUAUUGUUAUGCAAAAGUCAAAGCAGAAACUCGACUGAUACGGAUGGAAAUAUGUAAAAAGGAAGGAGGACCAUUUAAUGCUCCAACUGUAGAGACUGUUGUCCUUUAUGAUGGAGAAAAGCCCACAGAAAAAGAUGAAGGCAAGCGGAUCAUUGAAAGAUCCAGGAAGCGUCCAUCUUGGUUUGUUCAAAAUUGAUGCUAUAGAACAAAUACUAACAAAAACAGUUGCUACAGCAAGAAAGAUGAUGAUUUUCAAGAAUGUUUCUUCAUUCACUCAGUGUUGAUACAGAAAGCCAAUGAACUUUUGGGAAGCCUGCUUGAAUUGCAUGUCAUACCAUGUUAUUUUGCAGUCAGGUGUUGUUUCUAUAGCAUGCAGUGGGAAAUGCUUCUCAGUGAUACGUCACAGCAGUCAACAAUUAAAGAGAAAUCAGGAUGUGUCUUAGGUUUGGACAUCUGCGUACAGUACACUGAAUAAUUUGUAUGCCAAUGUU